ACUAGCGCGUGACCGACAUUUGAUUGGAUCCCGAGAGAUUGGUCCGCUGCGCAACUGAUGAGGAGGUCAACGGUUGCCGAGGACGACCGGACGACCGCACCCCUGGACUGCGUGGCAGGCCGUAUAUAAAGACGCAGCCUGCCCCGAUGGCCCGUUCCCCACCCCGCUACCUUCUUCGUUCCUUUCUUCCCGGUCAUUUCGCAGGGCGUACUGCGUACCCCGUUCCUUUCGCCUCUCUUCGUCGCAGGCCGGGUGCCUAUCCAGUUCCUCCUUCGCCCUUCGCGUUCGCUGCCCAUUCGUAGCUCGCCUGCACACACGCGCAUUCACGUUCAUUCCUUUUUCAAAGAGUCUCCUCCGUCCCGCACGCUCGAGAUAUCAUGUAUUUCACGUCUUCGCUUGCGCUGCUGGCCGGCGCGCUCCUCGCGGCUGAUGCAGCCGCCGCGCCCUCGGCAUCCGCCCCAGUUGGCGACCGUCGCAGCCCCGGGAUGGUGCACAUGGGCCUCCGCCAGGUCCCCCCGUCGAACGAGCACCCGCUCAUCCGCAUGCAGCAGCACAUCAACCGCGGCAGCCGCCGCCUUGCGCACAUGACGCGCCGCACGCCGCCCUCUGACGAGGAACUGAGGGAGCGCCUCCAACGCCGCGUGGACACGAUCCCGACGUCCAUGCUCGCGCGCCGCUACUCGCCCGAGGAGCUCGAGACGCGCUUCAACCGCCACGGGUACAAGCGCGGCGAGGAAGACAAGCGCGAGUACACGUACACCGUUAUCGGGAAGCGCGGCGAUGCGUCGAGCCGCCCGCACCCCUCGCUCGAGUUCCGCGGGCUCGACCCUGAGGAGCCCGAGCGACGCUUCCCGCCUCAGUCCAUUGAGGCGAGGAAGAACCGGGUCGGGUACGCUGGCCGCAAGCAGGGCCGCGACAUCGAGGCGAGGCAUAGGGGCAAUAAGAACAAGCAGGACCCCAACUGCGACAACACCGGUGCUGCUGCUGGGGCUGCGAGCUCUGGGGCGGCUGGUGCUUCUGCCUCUGGGGCGGCUGCCGGCGCUGCGAGCGGUAACGCUACCGCGACGGCGAGCGCUGCUGCUGGGUCUGCUUCUGGUGCCGCCGAUGGCGGCCAGCAGGUCGACGGCGUCACCAAGGCCAACACGCCCACGACCGACAACACGCUCGGCCUCGACAUCGAGGGCAACGACACCGGCUACCUCUCGACCAUCCAGAUGGGCACGCCUCCGACGGACUUCGAGAUCCUCAUGGACUCUGGUUCCGCCGACUUGUGGGUCGGCUCUACCCAGUGCCAGUCCGCUACCUCCGGCGGUGACUGUGGCAAGCAUCAGUUCCUCGGCAGCGACACUUCGAGCUCGUUCCAGGCGACGAAGACGCCGUUCCAGGUCACCUACGGUACCGGCGCUGUCGCUGGCGCCAUUGUCCAGGAUAACAUCGCCAUGGGCGGUCUGAACCUCGACGCCCACACCUUCGGUGUGGCGACGCAGGAGACCGAUGACUUUGCGGACGACAGCGUGCCAUUCGACGGUCUCAUGGGCCUUGCGCAGUCGACCUUGUCCAACCAGGGUGUCCCUACCCCGCCUGAGGCGCUCGCAUCCGCCGGCCUGAUCCAGGACGCCAUCGUCUCGUACAAGAUCCCCCGCCUCGCAGAUGGCCUGAACGACGGCCAGGUCACUUUCGGCGGCCUCGACGACACCAAGUUCGACGCCACCACGCUCACCACCGUCGACAACGUCAGCCCCGACGGCUUCUGGGAGGCGGACCUCGACGGCGCGACGAUGGACGGCACGGACCUCGGCUUCAAGGGCCGCACCGCGAUCCUCGACACCGGCACCACGCUCAUGAUCGUCCCCGACGACGACGCGCUCGCGAUCCACCAGCAGAUCGACGGCGCGGCGCAGGACCAGGUCAACGGGUUCCUUGUGCCGUGCAACACGGCGCAGACGCUCUCGCUCGCCUUCGGCGGCACGUCGUUCGACAUUGACUCGCGCGACCUCGCGUUCGCGGAUCUCGGUGACGGCUCCGGCAUGUGCGUGUCUGGUAUCCAGGCCGGCACGGUCGGCGGCGCCAACGAGUGGCUGGUCGGCGACACGUUCCUCAAGAACGCCUACUUCAGCACGGACGUCACCAAGAACCAGCUCUCGCUUGCGAAGCUCGUCUAAGGAUUGCCAGCUUGUCGGAAGACCUCGACUUACAUAUACUUCAACUGAUUGCGCACAUCGUGCUCGCUGUUCUUCGGACGCCUUGGGUUAGGACUGGUAGUUAUUUACAUGUAACUUAGCGACAUUUGGGUUUGGGUGCGGUCCCAGUACCGUACGCCAGUCACUCUGCAAAUGAUCAGCCAGGCCCGGUCCUGGCUUCCAGCGGAACUUUGCAAGUGUGAGCCAGGAGAGGAACAUUCAGCAAAGCGACCACUGCAUCUUCGGAUACCGUCU